CCUACUUCUUUUCUUCUGGCCCUUGACAUUUUGGAACGGUCCUUGCAAACAACCGUUUGGCUGCGCCAUUUCAACCAUGAUACAUACGCUUUGCCAUUUACUCCCUAGAAGAAGAGAGGAGUGAAUAAGUCUUCCAGUCUUUAUUCAAGCCUACUUGAUUCUGUUCUUCUAUUUCUCCUUCUUAUUUCACUGGCUUUUUUGAUGGGACUCCCGGGCAUUGAUCGUUGAUCUGUAAAUACCCGGACCUCAUGAGCCUCUCCCGAGUCAUCCAGAGGCGCCCCUUUGCCCAUGAUGGAUUUCGCAGAAAAGCUGUGCCCUGGAUCGCCUCUCCUCUCCAACCAUCCACUAAAGCUUCUAGAGAAUACACUGUGACCCCGGGAGAAGACCCUAAGACCGCCAAAAGAACAAACGAUCCGUCGCUGUCGGAACGGUCCUCUCUUGCAGAUAACGAGCUUCCGCGCUUCAGAUAUCAUCACGAAUCAAGUACGAUCGAACUCUUUUACGAUCUCUUCCUCGUCGCCAACCUCACCAGCUUCACAGCCGACCAUGAGAUUAUCAACGGACAAUCACUCCGAAAUUAUGUUGGCUUCUUCACAAUCGUGUGGUUUACUUGGCUAGAGACUUCGCUAUUUGACGUUCGCUUCGCCACGGAGUCUGUCUUCACCCGAAUAUGCAAAGCUAUUGCUUUCGCAGCCAUGACUGGGAUCGCCGCCUGUGGUGCGAACUAUAACACAGGAGAAGUUUCCGAGCACCUCAGAACUUUUCGAUCACUCUCAAUCAUUCUGAUGAUUUCUCGACUUGCUCUCGCAAUCCAGUACAUUGUGGUUUUGCUCUACGUUCACAAAUACCCCAGAACUCAGGCACCACUUCUAGCAACCAUUGCGAUUCUUCUCCUUUCAGCCAUAGCUUUUCUCGGCACAUUUUUCGCCUUUAACCUCAACGACGAGAGUAAUGAGCACAACACAAGUGGUUCAAACUCAAGUGGACCACCAGUUUACAUCUCUCACUACAUUAUCGUCUGUGUCGAAACUAUCGGGGUGAUCGCUAUCUCUUGUAUCUGGAGAUCUAUUAGUUUCAAAAAGACGCAUCUCGUCGAGCGCAUUGGACUCCUAACAUUGAUCAUUAUGGGCGAGGGGAUUAUUGGCAUAACCAAGUCGAUUUCCAAAAUCUUGCAAAAUGCCGCCAACACAGCUGCAAGCGUGUUUGGCAUAACCAUUUCAGCGGUUUUGCUAUUAUACUUUGUAUGGAUACUCUACUUUGACCAAAUUGAUCACGACCGCUUCGGAACUAUUCGACAGCAAGUGUGGGCUAUCCUCCACUUUCCACUUCACACGGCUCUGAUUCUAGUUUCCGAGGGAAGUGCCACCUUGAUCCUAUGGAAAGCUAUUAUUAGGUAUCUUGUGGAAGCACUGGCAAUCCAAGUCCAGGCCACCGACAUGGUAAGCUCAACUAAUGCCGAAGUUGCGGGUUAUAUCGAAAAGCAGCUCAAGACCUUUGUUCACCACUUCAAGAAUGAAACUUUGUUUAGGCUUGACGUCGAAAGCUUCAUCAACAGCUCCUUGACUGAUAUCCGUCAACUUCCGGCGAACGAUUCCAGUGGCCGAAAUGACACCAUCGUUGGAAUAAGAGAUGACAUGUUCAAUUUGGUUUUCGGGGCCUUUGGUAUCGAAGUCAACCAGGAAGACACUACUUGGGAUCCCCAACUUAGUAUUUUCGACACGGUUAUCUUCUACUAUUACCUUGCUGCUGGCGUCUUUGUGAUUCUGCUUGCCGUGCUUUACUCGUUCGGUAAGACCAACAAGUCUCGUGGGGAGUGGUUUAGCGCUGUACUCAGACUUGUUGUGGGAAUCGGGCUCUGUACGACCACUCCCGCCCUCGUCCUGAGAAGCGAUAAGUCGUCGACCAGAGGGUUUGUAUUCUCUGCUUGGACUGUCACGGUCGUCAUGCUAGUAUACUUUGUGCUUAUCAUCCUUGACAAUCUACUGGACUGGUACGCGGAUAAGAAGUCGAGCGGUCAAAAGCCAACAUAUAUCGAAGACACUGAACGAAGCCUUGAAGGAGAAGAAGACGCAUUGGUUAAGCAGACGAACACCGAUAUGGCAGAGCAGGGAGAAACGAUUCGAUUAAGGUUGGUGGAGAUCUCCCCUGCUGAUGAGGCCGAUCCUCGUAGAGUGGAAGAUCCCCAGUCGUCGCGAUCUUGAGAACGUGGGAUGUUCGCCAAUGUCAAACUUCAUAUGCUGACAACAAUAAAACCUGGGUCCACAGAUGGACUUGUUAACUCGUUUUUCCAAAUUCGCUUGACCCGCAUCGGAGCAUAAGCAGUGAUAUAUCGGCAGUGUGAAUAUACA